UUUAUCGCGAGCAAAGUAGUUGUGAAAUUGUAACUAAAAUGUUUUAUCCUGUGGACACGUUAAAGAGAGGCGGCAAAUUUUAUUUAUGUUGGGUCGCAGAUUCUUGGCCUUUGCGUUUUGCUACUAUAACGCAUAGGCAACUGUGGUCACAGGAUAUUCGUAAAAUAUGUGACGAUUUACUUGAAGUGAUAACAAAUGAAUCCGGGCGUCCAACAAACCGAUUUUCAUUACGAUUGAGUUCACAAUUACUGCGGGGUUUGGUUAGACUUUACCAAAGGAAAGCUAGCGUCCUCCUAGGAGAUCUUUGCAUGAUCAAUGCUACCGUUAUAAAACAUUCAAACAAAAAAUGGAUAAUACAAGAGGAUACACGCGACAUUCCUCGUCCAAGACUUCACGUGGUAACUAUAGAACAACCUGAGGAAGAGCCGUUAGUUGAAGAAUUAAUUCAGAAUAGCAAUAAUGUGGUUGCCCAUAUUGAUGAUAUAACAUUAAAGGAACCUACAAUACCUGAAAUACAAUUUUUAAUUAAUGAUGGUUUCGGCGAGCUACGGCCGGAGGUGAGACCGGAGGUAAGGCCGGAGGUACAGUCGGAGGUGCGUUCCCCCGAGCGCACGGUGGAGCAGAUGCUACUGGGCAGUAGCGCGGCGCAGCUCAGCGCAAUCCUGCCCGCGGACGUGUCGCACGACAAGUCGGAUGACAAGUCGCACGAUAAGUCGCGUCUGCAUACACGGGAUCUGCAGAUGGAGAGGAUAUCCGAGUAUGACGUCAGCAUGUACAGAAAAUCUAUCGGUGCCGAAAUUUCAACAAUCGCUGACAUUGAAAAAGAAGUCCCUGAAAUUCCCGAAAUCCCGCCUCCCGUCCUCAACGUUCCUGAACCAUUGGUGCCGGAUGUUGAGAUGUCAGUGCAGCCUCAACUGACUGAACAAUCCGAGGGGACGAAGAGAAAAGUCGACGAUGAAAUUGUUCUAGAGGAGUUGGAGGAGCGGUCUCCCAAGCGGCGGCGCGCUCGUCGUCUCCUCGUAGACCAGCACACGCGCCUCACCACCGACCACAUGCGAGACAGGAUCGCUAACAACCACAUCGAGUUGCGCUGCAAAUCGGUUAGCGAGGACGUGAUAAAUAUCCGAAUACCCGCCACUACGUACUUUGUGAGUCCUGCCCACGACGGACAUAACGCAUACGGGCUACAAGCCCGCCUUGCGCCCCCGCUUCGCACGCUCUACCUCAGGAACUUGCACUCUGUAUGCAGUACCACACAACACCGGCACUUGGAGGUAAUGUAUUUGUACACCCGCGAUUUACCGCAGAAUAAACUCCAUUUACAUUUACACUUCGCCAUUAGGGUUUAUUCCCAACCGUCACCCUGCUCUGUCCCCUCGCGGCGACAGGAAGCUGUGGCGAUGCCAGCUGUACAAGAAACACGACCGCACAUACAACCAGUUGAGGAAGAGCCUUCUGGCGCAGUCAUCCCUCAGACAGAGCAGCCGGUACAGAUGGAGGUGGAGGAGGCGGAGGUCACCGUGGCUGGUCAGGGUCAGGGCAUCGUAGACUUCUCAGAUCUGCCCACACAGCUGGUGGAAACUUUAUCACAAGUCAGAAAACGAACUGGUGAAUUUGAAGAUAAAGCGGCUAAAAGACGUCACUCAGGCUUCGUGUCGUACAAGCAGCACAAGGGGCAGCUAUUAGCAGAUUUCGCCACAGAUAUAGAAAAGGAAAAUAUUCCUGAGAAUGUUCAAGCACCGAGCCAGAACGAGAGGCAAGGAAGUUUAACAACGUUGCUCCGUGAGGCGGGGCUCGCGGACAUGGAGCCGGGCAGAGCUGUCAUAGAGGCGGGCAGAAUGGAAGUAGAGCCGAGAAGAACGGACGUAGAGGCGGAAAGAAUGGAAGUAGAGGAAGGCAGAAUGGAAGUAGAGGCGGCCAGAACGGAAAUAGAGGCGGGCAGAAUGGCAGUGGAGCCAUUGUCUCAGAUCAGUAUGCGUAGGAGCACAAGAAAGGCCGGCAGCGAGGACACGGAGACGCCGCUCGGCAGUUUGGACCGCACUAAAGUCUCCCUCGGAGAUACGGACACAACUACGGACUCUAAGAAAUUCAUACGCGAGCAGUGGGGCACGGAGGGCACCAUGGUGAAGGUGCUGCGCGCGCUGCGGCCGGGGGCGGGGGCGGGGGCCGGGGCCGGGGCGGGGGCAGCGCUGGACUUGCCCCGCCUCGUGCGCUCGGGGCCGGUGCUGCGCGCUCACACUAACAUCAUCAUGGCGCGCUGUUUCACUUCGCUACUCAAAUUGAAACAGCACGGCUUCGUUAAUUUGAAGAAAGAUCCUAAUACCUUGUGUAUAAUGGAUAUUACGUUAGGACCGAAGUUUGACCAAGUCGAAGCAUAAAUUAUUUUUAAUAUACAAUAUUUUGUUGAUUUUCGUAAUUUUCAAUUAUUUAUUAUAAA